AAUCAAGAUAUUUUUGCUUGAAAACCCGGGUUGACCGCCAACAAUUUGAUUCUACAAUUUCAUACCUUGAGAAUAUUAAUUUUCUUUGUUUUAUCUGAAAUAAAUCUCAUUCUUUAUAUAGAUGUCAAAAUCAAUUGGAUUUUGGCCAAAUCAGCAGAUUAUGGAUGUCUUUUUGCAGCGUUUUGUUUGCAUUCUGCUGCUAUCAUUAUGCCUCAUAACUUCUCUAGCUUUGUCUUCAGUUGAAACUCCUCUGAGGUGGUGUGUGAACUCUGAUUUGGAGGAGGAGAAAUGCAGGGCCAUGUCCAAUGCAUUCACAGCCCACAAACUCAAACCAACCAUACUCUGUGUACUCUCCGCAACCACUGAAGUCUCCUCGUCCUCCCCCUCAUCCGGUCACUCUGCAUGUCUUCGAACUCUGGCCAAAGGAGAGGCGGAUGUGACGUCAGUGAAGGGCGUGGAAGUGGGCGUGGCCUCAAAGAAGUUCCGACUGCAGGGCAUCAUGGCAGAGAAUUACCCUGGACCUGGUGACACUAUAGCCCCCCUAGACCACUAUGCAGUUGCAGUGGCCUGGGCAGAUAGCAACAUAACGGUAGACACUCUGAAGGGCACGAGGUCAUGUCACCCCUCGGUCCACUCCCCCUCUGCCUUCGCCAUCCCCCUCUCUGUGCUGCUCAGGAGGGGUCUCAUGACUCAGAUGGACUGCACGUCCCCACUGGUGUCAGCGGCUGGGUUUUUCGGGAAUUCAUGCAUUCCUGGCGUUCUGGAUAUUUCGGCUAAUCCUGCUGGUCUGAAUGUGAGCAGUCUUUGUUCGUUGUGUGAUGGAACAGGCAGUGACAACUGCGCCAGCUCCUCCUACGAGUUCUUCUACGGAGAACAGGGCGCAUUCAGGUGUCUUGUGGGGCUGUCGAGCCAGCCAUAUUACUCAACUGAAGGAAAUCAACAGCAGAAAAGUGGAAGGGCAGACGUCGCUUUUCUGAGACAUGACACAAUUCUGAAGAUGACAGUUACGAGAGAGCAGAUCACCAGCAAAGACUUGUCUACGUUGGACCGACUUCGGCUGUUCAACAAGCGACUGCGAUCUGAAUUCGUGCUUCUCUGUCCCGAGGGGGGAUCUGCACCCGUGGAACAGUACUCCACUUGUAACUGGGGUGAAGUGAAGGCCAAUCUACUGAUGGUACCUGCUCACAGCGAGAGGAAAAAAGAAAUCACACAACUAGUAGAGAAAGGGUUGACCACCGCUCUGUCCUUUGGAGGAGCCUCAGUGGCUCAGGUCAUCAAGAUGAUGGAGUUCCAGAGCGAAGUUUACCUGGACACGCUGGUGAUACUGCUGGGGACUAGCGACGUCUCGAGGGCCCCAGUGACUCCAGAGAACAAGUGGCCCAGGUGA